CAGAGUGGAAAAUAGAUAAAUAAAUAAAUAAAUAAGAAAAUAUUCUGAAAUUGAUAAAUAAGAGAAUAUUCUGAAAUUUGUUAAGAGAAUAUUCUGAAAUUAAUAAAGAAGAGAAUAUUUUGAGAGACCAUGAUUCGCGUAUUCGUUAUUGUGGUAUUCCUUCUCCAUUUGAAUGGAUUAAAAGGUGAUAUGACGUAUAUACUUGGCAACGAAACUGCUACAUGGAGAAUGGCAUCAACUGAGUGCACGUUAGCCACGCCCAGGAUCAACUUCAUUGGCGGAGAGAUGAUUGCGGAGGUAUCAAAUGCACCAAUCAGAAUGCGAGAAGGAGAUGAGGCCUGGGUGGGGUAUAGUUUAGAGCCUGUUAUUCUACAAUCCGUAGGUUGCAUGGCGUUUGACAUAAGCAAGGAACCAGAUCUUGCCAGAUACUUCGAAACCGGAGCUGACCCGGGUCGGUGCUUCUCAGCAUGCCGUGAAGUUGGGUACAUUGGUUUGAUGGACACGAGGUGUUUUUGCCUCCGGAAGUUACUUAUGGAGAGCAUAUUUGAAACUGAAUGCACCAUGGCCUGCUCUGGUAUAAGUAACCAAGCCGUUUGUGGUGGCAAGAAUUUUGUUUCUAUUUAUAAACAAGCUGAAAACAUUACGGCCUCAGAAGUUCAAGACUACAACAAAAUGCUUAGCGGAAACUGUAUCAUCUAUGAUAAAAAUGUGAACACAUAUUAUACAAAAUUGUGCUCUAUCUCUAAGCGGAUUGGCUGCCAAGAUAAUUUUGGUGACCCGAUAAACAUUGGUUCGAGGACAGUUACGUGGCUACAAAUGACCCGGUUUUGCUAUAGCCAGAAAUUAUUUACUUAUGCCCAUAAUGGAGUGUUAGCAGACAAUGGGACUUACCUCACAAUGUGGACCGGCAUGAUAAAAGCAAACAAACUAACAAAGACUCGCCAAUGGAAAAACGAUCAACUAACGUUUGCCUAUAUGAAAGUGGAAAGUAGUUACUUCAAAUUGCAUUUUUCUACUUUGGCGUACUUGCCGAAAAGGUUUCUGUGUCAAAUUGGUGGAACCACGCCAUCCACAACAACGCUAGACCCUACUCCUGAAGUUGAACCGGAAGCGGAAACAAAAGUAACUUCUGAACCGGAACCGGAACCUGUUGCCGAGGGAUCAGUGUCGAACUUACUACCAGUUUAUAUCAUUGUUCCCCUGGUGAUCAUUGCUCUAGCUAUAUUGCUGAUUUUCCUUGUAAUACGGUGGAGAAGGAAGAAAAGGAAUGACCAAUUGAAAUCUAAUUCUUUAAUGAAAGGCUCAAACGAGGAAGCAGGAGCGAACGAAAGAAACAGGCCAGUAACGGAGAAAUCUCGUCUGUCACGCGAGAAUGUUGGAAUGUAUGAUAUUAUGCAAAACGACGGUAAUCCUCCUACCGAGAAUGGCCAGCAAACCACAGAGCAAAAGCCAAUGAAAAGACCGUUAAAUCCGAAUUACUCCAAUAACCUGCUUGCAACGCUCCCUCUUGAUGAUGUUUCUGUAGAUAACAAUGACGAGACGGAAGCUGUUUCUACUGCUAAUGCUUUUACAGUCGGAAAACCUGAUAACGAGUAUGCACGGAUAAAUAAGGGCCGCAAAGUUCCUCCACCAAAAGUCCCCGGUGAUGGACAAACGUAUGAUAAGGUGGGCAAUGAGAAGAAAGUGGAUGAUGAGUCGCAGAAAGAUCCGAACUAUGACAAAUUGAAAUUGGAAACGGAAGGCGACGACAUGUAUGACACAACUGUCAAACCAAAAACUGACCGAACCACUGAUAGGUUUUAUGAUGGAUUAUCCAAGAUUUAGAGAGAAAAAAAUCAAUCAAAACACCUUGGAUGGUCCAGAAUUUUAAUUAUAGCUUUCAAAUUGAAAGUCAGUUCAGAUCAGAGUUUCUGAUCAAAAUAUUUUCAAAGAUACAGAUUUGCAAUGUUACAUUUCAGAUUGAAUUCAUUUGAAAUUGGUGAUUCUGGAUAUAUGGUUUAAGAUAACGCAGAUCCUUUUAUUGCAUCGAUUGUGUGUAUAUAAUGUACAUGUAUAAUAACGCAGAUCCUUUUAUUGCAUCGAUUGUGUGUAUAUAAUGUACAUGUAUAUAAUAUUAUCAUGAGUGUUUUUAAAGUUUAUUUUUAAUUUACCUAAUCGCAACAUUGUUUUUAUAUAUCAUUAAUGAUCUUUCUGCUCAUAAUCUAUCAUAA